CAUUCGUGUUCAUUUCAACCUCUCUCUCUCUCUCUCUCUCACACACACACACACACCAUGAGCAAGGUUGUUUCUCCUCUGGAGGCUCAAGCCUUCAACUAUCUAACAUUCGGUUUCAUCACUCUCAUCAACAAUUUCUGGACCUGGCUAGCCGUUACUUUCUGGAGGAUCCCACCAACCAAGUCAGAAUUUCUCCCACCGCCCGAUCACCCCAUUCUGGAUGAGUCCGACCCGGUUGCUGUCACGGUUCCAGCGUGUGUUCGGAGUCCAACUGUGGUUGGUAAUGGGCCUGACGUCGACGUCGACGGAGUGAGGAAGGGGAAGUUUAGCUUGUACUACGAGGGUGAGAGACAACGCGAGAACGAGGAGACGGUGACGGAGGAGUGGGAGGAGAUUGACGGAGGAGGAGAAUGGUGGGAGAACUGGGAAAGAUUGUUAAGGAUGAGAAUGGGAGAAAACGAGAAAGGGUGGUACACGUGUCAAAAUUUAGCGGCGCUUAACGGCGGCGUUGUGCGGUUUUGGGAUGGUGGGUUCAGUUUUGGUAGCAGAAGAGACAGCAAACACUGUGUUCUUCUCCGGUAAUAACAUCAGCAUAGAAUAUUAGAUAUUAGUUUAGAUGCAUGUGUGGUGCUGCUGAAUUAUAAUUAUUAUUAUUACCAGUAUAAUUCAGUAUGUAUAUAUGAUAGUAGUGUAGUGGUUUGGAGAAUUAUGACUAUGUAUGGUUAUUUAAAACACAAAUGUUAAAAAGCAAGUUUACUUUC